AUGAGAAUUCCAACUGUGCUAGCUUUACCAUAUCCAGCACAAGGGCAUGUGAAUCCCAUGAUGACAUUCUCCCAAAAGUUGGUUGAGAAUGGAUGCAAAGUCAUUUUUGUGAACAGAGAAUUUGACCACAGUAGAGUGGUGAGUUGCAUGGAGGAGCAACAGGAUAGUUCUAGCCUUGAUGAAGAAUCAAUGAUGAAGUUGGUGUCAAUCCCUGAUGGUUUAGGACCUGAUGAUGACAGAAACGAUCAGGCCAAACUGUGUGAGGUUAUUCCAAAGAUCAUGCCAGAAGCACUUGAGAAGCUCAUUCAGGAUAUUCAUUUGAAAGGUGAGAAUAGAAUCAACUUCAUUGUUGCAGAUUUGUGCAUGGCUUGGGCUUUGGAUGUUGGCAAGAAACUUGGAAUCAAAGGAGCUGUGUUGUGUCCUGCAUCAGCAACUCUUUUCACCUUGCUGAAGAAUGUCCCUGUGCUUGUUGAUGAUGGCAUCCUAGACUCUGAUUUUGAAUUAACAUUAACUGCGAAAAAGAGAAUUCAGAUAUCACCAAGUAUGCCUGAGAUGGACACAGAAGACUUUUUUUGGUUGAAUAUGGGUGACCUAACAACGGGUAAGAUAGUGCUCAAGUAUUUGCUGCAUUGUGCACGAAGUUUACAUUUGACACAAUGGUGGCUUUGCAACACCACACAUGAACUUGAACCUGGAACAUUAUUAUUUGUUCCGAAGAUCCUUCCAGUUGGGCCAUUGUUGAGAAGCAAUGAUGAUGAUAAUAACAAAAGUGUUGCUACAAAAUCAAUGGGACAAUUCUGGGAAGAAGAUCAAUCUUGCAUGAGUUGGCUAGAUCAACAGCCUCAUGGUUCUGUGUUGUAUGCUGCAUUUGGUAGUUUCACUCUUUUUGACCAAAACCAAUUCAAUGAACUAGCCCUUGGACUAGACCUCACCAAUAGACCUUUUCUUUGGGUUGUAAGAGAAAACAAUAGAAUGGCAUACCCUAAUGAAUUCCAAGGUCAUAAAGGUAAGAUAGUUAGUUGGGCUCCUCAACAAAAGGUUUUAAGCCACCCUGCCGUAGCAUGUUUUCUCACUCAUUGUGGUUGGAACUCUAUCAUGGAGGGUUUGUCCAAUGGGGUACCUUUCUUGUGUUGGCCUUACUUUGCAGACCAACUUCACAAUAAAACACACAUUUGUGACGAGUUAAAGGCUGGAUUGGGGCUUGACAAAGAUCAAAGUGGACUCGUGUCACGCAAGGAGUUGAAAACCAAAGUAGAACAAUUCUUUGAUGAUGAGAAUAUAAAAUCUAGGUCUGUGGUGUUGAAGGAGAAAGUCAUGAACAACAUAGCAAAAGGAGGUUCAUCUUAUGAGAACCUUAAGAGGUUUAUCAAGGAGAUAAAAGAAUAA